UCCCUCUUUCUUUCUCUAUUUAAUACGCCUAGCCUGUCGCGCUUGUGUAUGUGUAUGCGUGUGUGUGCGUGCGUGUGUAUUUAUUUAUUUAUGCAUCUCAUCUGAAAGUACUUUUUUAAAAAUUAUUAUUAUUUUUAUUAUUAUUAUUACUAUAUUUUUUUUUCUUCUUUUUUUUUUCCUUCUCUCUAAACAUUUUUCUUUUUUAGUCGCUCCUCAAAUGAGAAGACGUAAAAGAUGGAGCUUCACAUUUUAGAGCACAGCUUGAAAGUGGCGAGUAUAGAGAAAGAGGGGAUCCAGAUUUGCACUCACGGAUUAAUCAAACUCGCCUUCUUGGCCUCUAAAACAAGAUGCAAGUUUUUCAGUUUGACAGAGACUCCGGAGGACUACACCAUUAUCGUCGAUGAGGAAGGCUUUAAAGAGCUGCCUGAGUCAGAGCACAUCAGUGUUGCUGAUGCUACAUGGUUGGCCCUCAACGUGGUGUCAGGGGGCGGCAACGCCUCCAGUUCGCAACCCAUUGGAGUCACAAAAAUCGCUAAAUCAGUCAUUGCACCGCUGGCCGACCACAACAUCUCUGUUUUCAUGCUGUCGACGUAUCAAACGGACUUUAUUCUGGUUAGAGAGCGAGACCUGCCGAUGGUCAUGCACACGCUGUCUUCCGAAUUCACUUUGCUUCGGGUCGUCAAUGGAGAGACUGUUGCUGCUCACAAUCUGGGAGUCACCAACGGCUUUGUAAAGCCAAAACUUGUGCCCCGCCCCAUCAUUCACCCGUUAUCCAGUCCCAGCAACAUGUUCUGCGUGACCAGCUUGGACCCAGACACGCUGCCCUCUGUAGCCACCCUGCUCAUGGACGUCAUGUUUUACUCUGGAGGGCCAAAGGAGCCAGGAGCAUCCAGCGAGGACUCGAGCCACAUCCGCUUCUUCUCCUUCUCGCUGAUCGAGGGCUACAUCUCUCUGGUCAUGGAUGAACAGACGACUCAAAGGUUUCCAAACAAUGUCCUCUUCACCAGUGCCUCUGGUGAGCUUUGGAAAAUGGUUCGAAUUGGAGGACAACCGUUAGGAUUUGAUGAAUGUGGCAUCGUGGCUCAAAUAUCAGAACCUCUGGCAACAGCUGACAUUCCCGCUUACUACAUCAGUACCUUCAAGUUCGACCACGCUCUGGUCCCUGAAGAAAACAUCCAAAGUGUCAUCGGCGCUCUGAGGACCGAGAGCUCAGCGCAGUGAAGGAAGCCGGCGGGAGAAAAAAAAAAAACGAUGAAAACAACCGGUUUUCAAAGUCAUUUCGUUUAUCAUGUCCAAAAAGUGCCAAGAGCUUAUUAGCGGACUACUGUGGAUCGGCUCUGACAGGAAGGGAUCUAACCACAAAAGCGUGGGUGGCGUAUGAAGGAGUGUGGCAGCAGUGUGUUAGGGAUGCCUUUGUUACUCGGUCAUUUUCUUUACCCUCACCUCCUCCUUCCUUCAUUUGGCACUUGAGGCCUCCACUGCCUGCUCUGGUAGUUGUUGCUUUAGUUUACCAGACUGAAUAUGUUUCUUUUCCUCUCUAAAGCUGCUUCUUCCCACUCCCUGACCCCUCACAAGCACCAUACUGUAUUAGUUACAUAAUUCCUCUCAUGGAAGGAUGACGAAUGUACUCUCAAAAACGAAAGAAAUAUUCUAUAUAUAUGUAUAUAUAUAUAGACAUAUAUCAAGCUCUCCAUUUUCUUUUUUUUUUCUUUUGGUGUUUUUUUUUCAACAGGUCAUUUCUCAGUGCCAAGAUGUUUGAAUGCCUAAACUGAUGCCUUUGUCAAAAUACGUGUGCAAUUGAAGGAGACAAUUUUGGAGACAGCCAGCGAUGCCAAGCGGCCUGGUUCAGUCAUGUAUGGUGUGGUUUUUUUUGCUUUUUAUUAGCUGUUGAACAUUGUUUUUAAUCACAACAAUGAUCUGACUUGUUGGGAGUCCCUCAAUCCCUAGAUGUUAAAUUCAGAGGCCUCGUGAUGCUUGGUCUGAUGAAGCAUGAAGUGAAUCCAUCAUCCUCUUGAUGAGGGAUUAUUCUUUCUAGUGCUCUCAUAAGUAAGAUGAAUUCACACUGUGAGCAACCUGGUUUAUCAGUCACUCAGAAUCAGCAGAUUUUAUUUAGGUAGAGA